AUUGGCCAAGGGGGAAUAACCAUCUAAUGACUAUGAAUAUACCAUAAAGAUAUCUUUCUUUUUACUUACAAGAGCAGUCAGUAUAAAUCCAAUUAUAAAGACAACAAGUAAUAACUGUAAAGACUGUGCUGAAUAACCCAAGAUAAAGCUUGCUAUCUAUGCUAUAUGAGUUAGUUCCAUUCUUAUUUGACACGAUUAUCUUACACCCGUUGCAAUCAACAAGUAUUAGGCCUGUUCAGUAAAGUAUUAUCUUACAAUAGUGCACUCAAUAAGAUCUGCUAAGGCCAUUUUCAUAUAUAUAUACAUGAAUGUACUGUUACCAAAAAUAUUGAAUACGUGUAUUGUAUUGACAAGUCUAUCAUUUUAUGCUUCAAGACAAAACACACUUGGUUCUGUAUGGAUGGGUGUCUUGUGGGCUACUGUCUUGCUUGCUAUUUCUUAUGAUGUCCUGUCUUCUUAUUCCAGUAUGGUACAGACAGUCCUUGCUUUUGUAUUACUGCUACUUGCUACCAAGACUGGAUUUGAUAUGGUCAGACAAUCCAUGGAUUAUGAUGAUGUCUAUGAUAUUGAACAAGGCAAAAAGAAAUCAUCUUCCAAUAUCCAUAUCACCUUGAUAGGUCUGUCUGGUCUGUAUUGGUAUAAACAAGGUCUUGAUAUCGUAUGGGAAAAGUACACAAUCCCAUUAGCUGGUCUGAGUGCAUGCUUUUUGUUUAGUAUGGCUUUUUAUGCUGCUAUGAAACAUGCGACUGGAUGGAUACGGCAAUGCGUCUAUAGUCAUGUGAUUUUUUUCACAGCAGCUAUUCAAGCAUCUCAACUAGUAGGUUAUCUUGAACUGAUGUACAAGGGUGAUAGUCCAGUUUUAUUCAGUCUUGUCUAUACACUGCGUCAACAGGCAGAUGAGAUCAGUAGUUUACGUCAAUUGUUUCAAGCAACAUUGGGUCUCGAUCGUCAUCAUCCUACUACAGCAUGGCAAAAUACAGGAUACAAUCUGUAUUGGAUCCUAUUGACACCUUUAUUGAUCUACAGUGGCUAUAAAAAGGGUUCCAUUAAGAAAAUCAAAUAAACUCAUUUCUUGUGGCAUAGAGUUGGGUAUACAUCUUGAUCAGACUCUGAUAGCCUAAUUGAUCAUUACAUCUUAAUAAAUUGGCAGCAUCACAGUUGAGUGGAGAAGAAGGUUCUGGAUUUGACAACAAUAGAGAAAUAGCCAGAAGUGUGGAUCUGAGUGUCCAAGCAGGUGACCAUGCAGUCUUGAGAAUAUCAAGGCAAAUUUCCCCCGUCU